CUUCUUUGCUUCCCUACGACAAUCUUAUCACCCCUACCACUGCUUCUUUCAUCUUAAAUCUUUGAAUAGGUAGUUAUCAAAACAAACCUAGUCGGCAAUCCAGGAUUAUAGUUUUGAUCCUUACCUUUGAUAUCUUGGCAAAAAUCUUCUCAAGUUUGUAUUGUUUUUGCUUGGUAGAAGAUGAGAGCAGGAGCUUGUAGUGCGCAGCAGACUCUAACUGCUGAUGCUGCAGCCACAGUGAAGCAUGCAGUGAGUCUUGCUAAACGGCGAGGUCAUGCCCAGGUGACUCCUCUUCAUGUAGCAAGUUCCAUGCUUGCAGCGUCUUCAGGUUUACUUCGGAAGGCUUGUCUUCAAUCCCAUUCUCACCCUCUCCAAUUCCGAGCCCUAGAGCUUUGCUUCAAUGUUGCGCUCAAUCGCCUUCCUGCGUCAUCAUCAAGUCCUCUGUUAGGCCCUCACUCCCAUCAUCCUAGCCUUUCCAAUGCCUUGGUUGCUGCCUUCAAGCGUGCCCAGGCUCACCAACGCCGGGGCUCCAUCGAGAACCAGCAACAGCCCAUCCUAGCUAUCAAGAUAGAAUUAGAAAGCCUCAUUAUCUCUAUCCUAGAUGACCCCAGUGUUAGUAGGGUCAUGAGGGAAGCUGGUUUCUCUAGCACCCAAGUUAAAAACAAGGUAGAGCAGGCUGUUUCCUUUGAGAUUUCCUCUCAUGGUACUCCUCCUGCGGCUUGCCAGACUAAAGAAAGCCCUAAACUUCAACUCCUUGGAGCAAACCUGUCUCAGUCUUCACUUUAUACUCAGUUUGGUUUUUCAAUAAGCAAACCACUUGAUCAUGUUAGGAAUGAGGAUGUAACAAAUGUCUUGAACGGAAUAGUGAACAAGAGGAGAAACACUGUAAUUAUUGGAGAGUGUCUGGCUACUGCUGAGGCUGUAGUUAGGGGAGUGAUGGAUAAGUUUGAGAAAGGACAAGUCCCUGGGGACUUGAGGUAUGUUCAGUUCAUCAAUCUUCCUCUCUUCUCCUUGAGAAAUCUCCCCAAGGAUGAGGUGGAGCAGAAGCUUGUGGAGCUUAGGUGCCUUGUGAAGAACUAUAUGGACCGAGGGGUUGUCUUGUAUUUAGGUGAUCUGAAAUUGGUUUCUGAGUUUUGGUCACCCUAUGGUGAGAGGGGAAAUUACUACUGUCCUGUGGAACAUGUCAUAAUGGAGCUUAAAAGAAUAGUGUGUGGAAUUAGGGAGACUGCUGGAAAAAUGUUUCUCAUGGGGAUUGCAACUUCCCAGACCUACAUGAGAUGCAAAGCAGGCAAUUCUUCCCUUGAGACGAUUUGGGAACUUCAUCCUGUUACAAUUUCAGCUGACAGCUUGAGCCUCAGUCUCACUUUGGACAGGGAUGCUCAAAGAACUGCAAGCAGUCUACAAAUCAAGGAGUCAACCACAACGAUCUUUUCUGCCAGCUCAAGCUUGCCUCCAUGGCUGCAACAGCACAAGGAAGAAAGCAGAAGGAAUACUGCCAAUGAUCAGGAAUUUGUCACUGUCAAAGAUCUUUACAAGAAAAGGAAUUCGUAUGGUUCAGUUCACACACACUACUAUAAUGCUGAGGAACCUCUUGAUAUUUCUCUAUCUCCUUCUUCCUCAACUUCAGCCUCCUCCCAAGAUCAUAACAAAAACUUCCAUCAGACCCAACUCGGUACUUGGCCAGUCAUUUUUGAACCAAAACAGCAACCUAAAGAACACCAGUUUUUGAUGUUCGAAAGAAGUGAUGAAGGACAUGAAGUUCAAGUGAGAAAUGAUCCUAAGCCAGACCUCUUAUCAAAUCCUAACUCUAGUCCAAAUUCAGCUUCAACGAGUGAGGCAGUAGAGGAGGAUGUUGACAAACUUUAUGGAUUCAAGGAGGUUAAUGCUGAGAACAUGAGCAUUCUAUGCAAUGCAUUAGAGAAAAAGGUUCCAUGGCAAAAGAAGGUGAUUCCUGGACUAGUUAGCACCCUCCUAGAGUGUCGUUCUGGAGCAAGCAAAAGCAAAAGCUGGAUAAAGCACAGAGAGCAGAAAGAAGAAACAUGGAUAUUUUUCUCAGGUGCUGAUUCUGAAGCCAAACAGAAAAUUGCAAGGGAGCUAGCCAGACUCGUCUUUGGAUCUCAAAGCAGCUUUGUUUCAAUAGGUAUGAGCAACUUCUCAUCAUCAACAAGAGCUGAUGCACAUGAUGAAGAAUCGAACAAGAAAAGGAUGAGAGAUGAGCGGGAUGGAGGCUAUCUUGAAAGGUUCGGUGAAGCAUUGAAUGAGAAUCCUCACAGAGUAUUCUUAAUGGAAGACCUAGAUCAAGUUGAUACUUCUUCUCAAAAGGGCAUCAAGCAAGCUAUGGAAAGUGGGAAAGUAACACUUCCUUGUGGUGACAGUACCGUUCCCCUUAAGGAUGCCAUUAUCAUUUUCAGUUGUGAAAGUUUUAGUUCUGUGUCAAGACCAUGUUCUCCACAUAGAAGGCAGAAAGUUGAUGAGGCUCAAGAGAAGGAUUGCAAGGAACACAUGGAGGAGAAAGGUCCAGGUGCCUCUCUAGAUCUGAAUAUUGCCAUUGAAGAUGAGUGUGGAAAUGAAGGUUCAUUUGGUGACAUCGGCAUGUUGGAGUCUGUUGAUGGGCAAAUCAACUUUAGAGUGCAAAAACAGUAUGAGAGAUCAGUUUGAUACAUUAAGUUAUCAUUAGAUUCUGUGGUGAAAAUUAUUUUCUUCUUAUUUUCUUCUUUUGCUUGGUUUGUAUUUAGAGUGUUAGAUUUGUGGUGAAGGGAAAGUAAAGAAUUCAAACUAACAAGGGGAGAUAUCACAAGAUUUAGCAUGUUAGAACUAGGUUUGCAUGAUGAUCAGUGUAUCUUUUAAGUUCUUCUUUGUUACAUGUAUAAUGCAGCAGGUUUUGUACUUCAGAUUCUAAUUAUUGUAUU